AUGAAGUGGAUUGUCCUCUCACUUGCCGCAGUCGCGUCUGCGCUGCAGAUCCUACCCCCGGUGCACUUUGACAACACUGGCUCUGGUCAUAACAAAGGCUUUUCGUUAGCAACCACCGACCGAACAAUCUACCUAAGUGCCGAUUUCGCUAGCUGGAAGGAUCAGAAUGGACUAACGCUGCUUCCACCAUCGGCAUCCGACUUUGCCAACACGUUUCGCGAUGAUUUACAGGAGCUAACGAACAGUUCCUGGGAGCUUCGUACGGUCAAGCAAUUCCCCAAACAUGCGUCGGGAAUAUUUCUCGGGCGCACAGACCAUCCCGACCGGUUUACGUACGAAAGUGGACGCCAGACCGAGGAGGGAUAUGAGCUGGAAAUACAAGAUGGCAGUGUAGUUAUUCGAGGCUCCGGGGCGCGAGGUAUGUGGUGGGGAACGCGAACGCUCCUCCAGCAACUCGUUUUGACACGCUCAUCCCUACAACCUGGUCGCGUGGAAGAUGCACCCGCCUAUGCGACUCGUGGAUUUUUGCUAGAUGCUGGUCGCAAAUGGUAUUCACUCGAGUUUUUGAAAGAUUUAUGCACCUACGCCUCGUUCUUCAAAUUAUCCGAGUUUCACUACCAUGCGACCGACAACUAUCCGCUGAGCCGCGGUCGAAACGUGACCUGGAACGAGAUCUACUCGCAGUUUUCCUUGCACCCCGAAAGUGAGGCCCUCCGCCCUCUUGUCCAGCGUGCCAACGAAACGCUAUCCCGGGCUGAGUUUGAUGAUUUCCAGCACCAUUGUGCUCAGCGAGGUGUUACAGUGAUACCGGAGAUCGAAAGCCCCGGGCACUGUCUCACAGUUACGAAAUGGAGACCUGAGCUCGCGUUAGAGUCGAGGGACCUGCUCAAUCUCUCGCAUCCGGACACUGUUCCUUUGAUGAAGUCCAUCUGGACCGAAUUUCUUCCUUGGUUCCACACAAAGGAGGUGCAUAUCGGUGCCGAUGAGUACGACUCUGAAUUUGCGGAUGACUAUGUUGAGUUCGUGAACGAGAUGUCUCGCUUUGUACAAGCAGCUUCUGGCAAAAGUGUUCGUAUUUGGGGGACAUAUGAGCCAUCAAACAUUCCCAUUGACAAGAAUGUGACAAUUCAACACUGGCAGUAUGGACAAUCAGAUCCAGUUGACCUAGCCCAAAACGGCUACCAGAUCAUCAACUCCGAGGAUUGGUGGGCAUAUAUGUCGCUGAAAAGCAACCAUGUGCCUAUCACCCCAGCCCCUUAUCCUCAGUUUUUCAACAACGCCCGUGUUCUGAACUUCGCCGACCAGCACGGAUGGCAGUGGACCCCUGGGCUCUUCAAUCCGGUGAACAAAACUGAACAACCCGAUACCGAAGCUGUACUAGGUGCUCUCUUGGCUGCCUGGAAUGACAGUGGCCCGGAUGCCACUACUCAGCUUGAGGCCUACUAUGCCAUUCGUGAUGGCAUCCCAGUCGUGGCUUCGCGAGUGUGGUGUGGUGCGCGUGGGCCUCCCUUGCAUGAACCAACCUUGGCCAAAUCCAUCGCACAAUUGUCCUCUCAAGCUGUGGGGCAAAAUCUCGACCGCCGCGUUCCGGGAGAAAGGGCCCACGGAUCAGGAACUUUGCUUUCAUGGACAAGGCCAACUACCAGCCAGGAUAAGCAUAACCUCGGCUAUGGAAGUAAGGGCAUGGAUUAUACCCUUCAACUAAACGUCACGGGUCCUUUUUCUUUGCAGUCCUCCGAUGCGACACUUACAUUAUCAUCGGACGGUGAAUUGGCUUUUGUUUCUGAUGGAUGGCCAUACCCACUUCGCUCUGUUGCUGAGGCUGACGCUUUUGACGAAGACCAGCCUGGAAGAAUUUGGGUUAAUAAGACCACGUCAACCCACAAGGCUGUCAUAAUCCCUCGCAAAUCACAAGUCACUAUCUCUACAAAUGAGAUAUAUGGAAGUCGCGUGUGGGUGGAUGGUGACUUUGUCGGCCGCUUUGAAGUGUUUAUCUAUGGCGGAAAGAAUAAAAAUUUCUCAUGGAGUCAGAUGGCUUUUGUGGCCCCCUUGGAUAUUUUGGAAGGCCCGGGCUUGCAACACUUGGCUGUUUUUCAGGGUAGCAGGGAAGGUUGA